AUGGCCGAUUAUAAAGCUAUUGGAAAAGCUUUUCUUGAUUUUUAUUAUGGUAGAUUUGAUGCAGGCCCACGAGAAAAUGUAGCUUCACUCUAUGAACCUGUUAAUGGCAUGAUGAAUUUUAAUAGUCCAGAUUUUGCUAAAGGUGCUCAAGAAAUAGCUGAAAAAUUACGUUCACUAACAUUUCAAACAAUCGCUCACACAAUAUCAACAAUGGAUAUUCAACCAACAUACGAUAGUUGUAUUUUAAUUAUCGUUACCGGUGCUCUUAAAGCAGAUAAUGAUCCACCAAUGCAAUUUACUGAAACAUUUCUUUUACGUUUUAUUAAUAAUUCGUGGCUUAUAAUUAAUAAUGUUUUUCGACUUAUUCUUCAUGGUUGA